AUGGAUAAAGAAUUAGAAGAACAACUUCUCGAAGCCGGUAACAGGCUCGCAGAUCCUCCAACGUCCGUAGAGGAGCUCCUCCUUCUCCUAGAUCAAGUAGAAAGUUGUCUAGCAAGGGUGGAACAGUCACCGGCAGAUUCUAUGCAAAAUGCACUCUCUCCAUCAUUGAAAGCAUUGAUUGCUGACCAACUUUUAAGGCACUCCGAUAAUGAUGUCAAAAUUGCAGUUGCCUCUUGCAUCAGUGAAAUAACAAGAAUCACUGCACCUGAAGCUCCUUAUGAUGAUGAUCAAAUGAAGGAGGUCUUUCAACUAAUAGUAUCUUCAUUUGAAAAUUUGCAUGACAAGUUAAGCCGAUCAUAUACCAAGAGGACCUCAAUUCUGGAAACUGUUGCAAAAGUCAGAUCAUGUGUGGUAAUGCUGGACCUUGAAUGUGAUGCCCUGAUUUCAGAUAUGUUUCAGCAUUUCUUGAAAGCUAUAAGGUAG